GACUGAAGUCACUGAGUACUUAAGAACGUACUCAGAAUAUAGGGUUUACAGGCGGUCUUUGGUCUUGUACUGCUAUCGAGAAAUACUACGUUCAAAUUUAGAGGGUAUAUAAAACGGUGGGAUUACCCAGUGUUAUGAAGCCCGGGAGAAACGGGUCGGUGGUUACGUUUCGGUUGUGUUAUAUCUAUACGCAUAUAAAUAACAGCAAGAGCAGAACUGAAAGUAUUGAGAAAAUAGACCAUGAGUAAAGUGACACCGAUGACAGAGUUAGCGUCCAGGGAACGCUCUGUUGUGGAGAUGACACCCGUAAUGAGUCCCGAGGAGCACUUUCACGAGAACGGUCACGUGCCAGCAACGCCGGUUGCAAACGUGAACGGUCACGUGAUAGCAACGCAAGUUGAUUACGGCAAAGAAAAGUCGGGAAACCCCAUCGGCAUCGUUAUUUCUCCGUCGGAGAAUGGAAUUACAGAAAAGAAGUCUGCACCAAGCCGGUCCAUGGUUUCUACCGACGACGGAAAGGAGAAGGCAAAGGAGGAAAAGGAGGGUGAACCCAUGGUCGGAUUGUUCGAGUUGUUCCGGUACGCAAAGAAGCUGGACGUCUUCUUCAUGAUCGUCGGCAUUAUCGCAGCCCUCGGUAACGGUUCCGCCUUUCCUCUAAUGGUCAUUGUGUUCGGGCAGAUGAUUGACGGGUUUGUCAACUCGGGCCUGUUUUCCGGAGUGGUCGAACAACUAGACGCACUUGGGGUGCUCGCCAACCUCUCGUUGUCACAGGCGCAAGUCAUAGAGAACCCGGAUCUGUUGGAUGGCAAAAUCGACAUAAUAAAGGCAUAUGAUGUCAACAACACAAUUAGGCUUGACGUGAUUCAAUCGUCUAUAGAUAACGACUUGUUAGAGGUUAUGCAAACAUACGCUUUCUAUUUCAUUGGUAUAGGAUGUGGUGUGGUUGUUCUCGGGUACCUACAAGUGACGUUAUGGAUGUUGGCCUCGGAGAGACAGACCCACAGAAUCCGGACCAUGUUCUACUCCAACAUCCUGCGUCAGAACAUUGGCUGGUUUGACGUGAAUGAGUCCACGGAAUUGAAUUCUAGACUCACCAGCGACAUCUCAAAGAUUCAUGAUGGAAUAGGAGACAAGGUUGGAGCAUUCUGUCAAUGGAUGUCAGCCUUUUUGAUAGGAUUCAUAGUUGGCUUUAUAUAUGGCUGGAAGCUCACACUGGUCAUCUUGGCCAUCAGCCCUCUCUUGGCUGGUUCAGCUUUUGUUAUGACAAAGCUGGUGGGUAUGACCUCUAACCUGGAGCUGAAGGCAUACGCCAAGUCUGGGGCUGUGGCAGAGGAGGUGCUGGGAGCCAUAAGGACAGUGGUGGCAUUUGGGGGACAGAAGAAGGAAUGCGAAAGGUACAAUGUACAUCUGGUUGAGGCGAGGGACCUAGGAGUGCGUAAGGGGUUCAUAGGGGGCCUGUCGCUGGGUAUCGUGUGGCUUAUUGUGUUCUGUGCGUAUGCCCUGGGCUUCUGGUAUGGAGCAAAGCUCUCCAGAGAAGAACCGGGAACCUACACGAUAGGAGUCGUGACGAUUGUGUUCUUUUCUGUCAUGAUCGGUGCUUUCUCCCUGGGGAAUGCCAUGCCGCACUUGCAAACCUUGGCCACGGCAAGAGGGGCAGCCUACUACGUGUACCAGCUAAUCACCAUGGAUCCCCCAAUAGACAGCUAUUCCACAGAGGGGAAGAAGCUGGACAACUUUCAAGGAAAUGUUCAGAUCCGCGGCGUUCAUUUCCGGUACCCGUCCAGGCCGGAAGCAAAGAUCCUCCAUGGAGUGAACCUUCAGAUCCAGCGAGGUCAAACGGUGGCCCUGGUGGGCUCCAGUGGCUGUGGGAAGUCCACCAUUGUUCAGCUGCUGCAGCGCUUCUAUGAUCCAGAGGAGGGGCAGAUUCUCAUUGAUGGAGUGAAUCUCAAGGACAUCAACCUAAAGUGGUGGCGGGAAAAUAUCGGCAUUGUGAGUCAGGAACCAGUGCUGUUUGGAACCACGAUAGAGGAGAACAUCCGCUAUGGGCACCUGGAUGUUACCAAGGAAGACAUAGAACAGGCGGCCAAGAUGGCCAAUGCACAUGACUUCAUCAUGGAUUUGCCACAGAAAUAUGAGACGCUGGUAGGUGAACGUGGUGCCCAGCUAAGCGGUGGACAGAAGCAGCGUAUUGCCAUCGCCCGAGCCCUUGUGCGCAAUCCCAAGAUCCUCCUGCUUGACGAGGCCACGUCAGCACUUGAUACGGAGAGUGAAGGGGUUGUACAGGACGCACUUGAAAAGGCUAGUCACGGAAGGACCACCGUUGUUAUAGCACAUCGUCUUUCCACCAUCAAGACAGCUGACAUGAUCGCUGGCUUCAAAGAUGGCGUCGUAGCAGAACAGGGCACCCACAACGAACUGAUGAGCAAACAAGGCAUCUACCAACAACUGGUCACUCUGCAGAGUAUGAAGAGUGCUGAUGAUAAUGAAAUUGAAGAUUUCAACAGAGAUGACACCAAACGACCGUCGUUACGCCACCAGAAGAGCACAAUAGACAUGACCCCGAAGAAGCAUGCCCAAGAUAAAAAGGAGGAAAUUAAAGAAGAGGAAAAGGGAGAAAAAGAAGAAGAGGUUGACGCCUCUCUUGGACGUAUUCUUAAAUUGAACAAAUCAGAGGCACCGUUCAUUGUCAUGGGAUGCUUUGCCAGCUUGGUGAAUGGCGGAGCCAUGCCCGCCUUUGCUGUGAUCUUUUCAGAGAUUCUCGGUGUGUUCGCAAUCCUAGAUGAGGGGGAACAGGAGAGGAAAAUUAUUCAGUAUGUUCUGAUGUUUGUUGGCGUUGGAGUGAUCAGUCUUAUAGCCUAUUUUGUACAGGGAUACAUGUUUGGUCGUUCGGGAGAGUAUUUGACAUUGAGGCUUCGAUCAAUGAGCUUUAAAGCCAUGCUAAGACAGGAAAUCGCCUUCUUUGAUGACCAUAACAAUAGCGUGGGAGCCUUGACAACCAGGCUGGCAACGGACGCAUCACAAGUACAAGGGGCUGCAGGCAUCAAACUCGGGUCAUCCCUCAUGGCCUUUUGCAGUGUGGUGACUGGGAUCGUGAUCGGAUUUGUGUUCAGCUGGAAAAUAUCGCUGCUUGUAAUAGCCUUCCUGCCCUUUGUCAUGAUUGGAGGAGCGCUGGAAAUGAAGAUGACGCAGGGGGCUGCGGGCAAAAACAAAGAGGCUCUUGAGUCAGCUGGAAAGAUUGCGAUAGAAUCCAUUGAGAACAUUCGCACAGUUGCUUCUCUCACAAGAGAAGAUAUGUUCCAGAAAAAGUUCAACCACGAACUUCAAAUGCCAUACAACAUUGCGCUGAAAAAAGCCCAUUUGAUUGGAAUUGGAUUUUCCCUGUCUCAGGCUGUUAUGUUCUUCGCGUACGCUGCUUCCUUCUGGUUGGGCGCAUACUUGAUAAAGCAGUCCGAAGUGGAUUAUGUGGAUGUAUUCAAGGCAUUCUCUGCGAUAUUGUUUGGAGGAAUGGCUAUAGGCAAUGCGAGUGCGUUCGCCCCUGAUGCUGCCAAAGCGGAACAAUCCGCCAAGGAAAUCUUUAAACUGAUUGACAAGAAACCAGAUAUCGACAACGAAUCAGAAAAGGGCGAACAACUUCAUACAUUCACAGCAAAUCUCAGCUUCGCGAAUAUCAUAUUCCGCUACCCCACCCGCCCAGACACCACUAUACUGAAGGGGCUCGACCUUGAGGUUCCACAAGGUCAGACAGUGGCCCUUGUUGGCAGCUCAGGUUGCGGAAAAUCUACCACUGUACAGCUCACAGAGAGGUUUUAUGACCCUGCAGAUGGAAUUGUGAGCCUGGACGGACACAAUCUUAAGGACCUCAACCUGCAGUGGCUGCGCUCACAGAUUGGCAUCGUUUCCCAGGAACCCGUGCUGUUUGACCGAACCAUCGCAGAGAACAUCGCCUAUGGCGACAACUCAAGGGAGGUAACCAUGGACGAGAUCAUUGAUGCAGCACGCAAGGCUAACAUACACAACUUCAUCGCAUCUUUACCUGAUGGUUACAAUACCAGAACAGGAGAGAAGGGGGCCCAGCUAAGUGGAGGUCAGAAACAACGGGUUGCAAUUGCACGCGCUCUGGUGCGGAAUCCAAAAAUUUUACUCCUUGAUGAGGCCACAUCUGCCUUGGAUACAGAGAGUGAAAAGAUUGUUCAAGAAGCGCUGGACAACGCUCGCGCAGGUCGCACCUGCAUCACAAUCGCUCAUCGGUUAUCGACCAUACAGAAUGCGGACAAGAUCUGUGUGAUACGGCACGGCGUUGUCACAGAACAAGGUCGCCAUGGUGAACUGAUGCAGAAGCAGGGCUUCUACUACAAGCUUAACAUGGCACAGGCCCGCAAGAAAUGAUCAUUUAAGAAAAUUAAAUGUUUGACUGUCAUGUAAGACGAAUUGCCAUGCAUGCUAAAUAUUCAUUUGAUAACUUUUAUAUUUAUUUGAGAUUGAAGAGUGUACAAGAUGUGUAUAGUAAUUAAGGGAUUUAACAGCAUGUUCCUUAAUAUCUGUCCAAAAUAUUUUAUAAAUUCUGCAGAGAUACCAUCAGAUCCUGGAUUUUUAUUAUUGCCAUAUCUUACAAUGCUUUAGCGCAUUCAUGCUGUGAUAGAUACUUUUGUUCAUUUUGCGUUUGUUCUUGACAUAUUUUAGUGCGUAUGUUAGUAAAGAAACGUUCAUAAUUGUUGUUUUUCUAUAUUGGUGUAUGUUUUAUACAGAAUUCUAUAAAAGUUUGCUGUGUGAUUUAGUAUCUCUUUUUGGUCUUGUAUUAUGCAAUCCACUGUGCCUUACUUUUUGAGUCUAUCAGUUGUUUGCAUAUAU